AUGGCUAGAUGCGAAACAAGUAAGAAGAAGAUCAAUUUACUUAAAGAGGAUAAAUAUUAUUCAAGUAACGUUUCGUCAGAUGCUGGCUCUCAACUGACGCAAUCCUUGUCCACAGAUAAUUUGCAAAAGCCGGCUGGUUCGUCAAAUAAUCAAAUCAGUAGUGAAUAUCAACGUUCAUAUCAAUGGAAACUUCCAAUUGUUCAAGUAAAUAAACCACCAAGAGGUCCUUCUAAAUCUGAAUAUCAAAGAGAAUAUACCUGGAGAAGUUCAUCUUCUACGCCUGUUAAUGAAUUAUUACCUGAUUCAAAAUCUUCUCCUCAAUCUGCCUCUCCAUCUACUCCUAAACCUGCUCCUCAAUCUGCUCCCCAACCUUCUGUCAUUGAUAAUAAGUCUGUCGAUGUUACUCGGUUAGCAGAUUUGCCUGUAAAAACUUUGGCAACUGGUGAUGGCUUAAAUGCUGUUAGAAGAACCCCCGAACCAACAAAAGAUAUUAAUGCUAUAUCCGUGGAGAUAAAUGUAAAACAAAUUGGUAUCUGCGUUGCUGAACCAGAUGUACCUGUCUCUAAUUCUAAAAAAUUCAUUUCAAGUGCUGGUACUGAUAAGUGGAAAGAUGGUCUCAGAAACGGUUCAUCAAAUUUUGAUCCUAUUGAAAAAAAGAUUGUGGUUUUGGAAGGUUCUCGUUUAUCUAAAAGAUCUCGAUGUCGUUCAAUGUACUCUUUAAGAGAUGAAUUAAAAACAAAGGAACUUGCUAGUCAACUAUCUGACCCUUACGAAACUGAAUACAAGCAACAAUAUGUAGACUGGAUGGAAUACUAUGAUCAUGAAAGAAAACCCCUUCAAAGAAGGGGUUCUUGGUCGGCUCCACUCGAUAAUUUUAAAUUAUUAGAUGGUUUGGAUCGUAAUGAUUCAAAAUUUUCUGAAUCACGUAAACCUCAACCUUCAAUUACUGAUGCAACUUCUGUAAAGAGUAAUCAUUCUCGCGGCUUAAUGAGACCAUCUACUUCAGCUGAAUUUCGUAAUUAUCAUAGUGACAAUCAUGAUGUUCUCGGUGAUAAAUUUAGUAAACUCAAUUUAAACGAUUAUUAUUCAUCAAGUCAACUUAAAAAUACUGAAAUGCAAAAAUCUAAAAGUAAUGAAUUCCAAAAAGUUAAGAGUAGUGAUAUGCAAAGAACUAAAAGUUCCAAUAGUUCUCCUUUACGUAAUUCUGUAUUCAAUCAAAAUGAUCUUAUAUCUCAACAAAAUACUCCUGAUCAUCGUCGGCGUAAUAUCGAGUUCCCUGGAAGGCCUCGAAAUCGUGAUACGCACAUGGAUGAACGAAGACAUGGUUAUGAACAUUUAUAUGAUAAAUGUCGUGAUCCAAUGAAUUCUAAUCGCAAAGAUGACUAUGGUGAACAGCAAUACGAUAAACCUCAUGAUAAUCGUUAUAAUAAUAAUCAUUUAUCAAAUGCCAAUUAUGAUUAUUAUACAACGGAACGUCAACUUGAUAAUGGUUACGAUAUUCGUAAUAAUGUUUAUAGUAAACGAGAUCAUGAUGAAUAUUAUAAGCAUGGUAAUCGAUCCUCUCAUAUUCCUGACAAAGAACAUUAUGAUCGACAUGUUAAUCAAUCAUAUAACAAUGGGCAUAGCAAUGGGCAUUCACGAAAUACUUCAUACUCUUCAACAAGUGACCUUGAUCCAUCACGUUCAUAUGUUCGUUCCCCUCUUCCUACUGUCAAUCCUUCAUAUUUAGAUCAUCUACGCCAUCGUCCCACUGCAAGUGAUAGUAGUUCUGAACAGAUCUAUUCACCUUCUAUAACGUCAAAAUCAAAUUUACCAUUAGAUGAUGAUAAAGAACGUUAUUAUCGUUCAGGUCCUUUAAGUCCUUCUCAUAAUAAAUUUUAUCUUGAUGAUAAAGAACGUUAUCGUCAAAGUCCUUCCCGUAAUAAAUUCUAUCUUGAAGAUGGGGAUUAUGACGAUGAUAUUUCACAUCAUUAUGUAUCAAAUAAACGUUUCCCUCAAAUUCCUUUAUCAUCAAUAUUAAAAGAUAAAUCUUUAGUCGCGAAAUCGCCCACACCAUCAACUCCACGUUCUUAUCAAUCAACAUAUUCAUCACCUCCCUUUACUAGAGCACCAAGUCCAACUCGCAAUUCUUAUGCUAAAAAACAUAAUAAUUAUCAUUAUGAGGCUUCUUCUCCUACUUUGUCGCCAACCUAUUCAUCACGUCCGCCAUCACGAGCAACUAGUGUUAGUAGUCAUGCCACUUCCAUUGAAGAUGAAUCUGUUGUACUCACCGAUAUCCUUCGAGACGCGGAUUCACUGACUUUAAAGAAUUUAACUGAUCAAUUAAAAAUAUUUAAACAUCGAGAAUUUAGCCCUCCUGCUACCACAAAAAAUACUUCUCGUAGUACACCUGGUACGAGGAGACAAUCUGUUACAACUGCAAAAAAUUCCACAAAGACUACAAAAGCUACAAAAAGUAAUUCUGUACCUGGUACUCCCAGUUCUGCUCAAAAGAAGAAAAGUAGUAAGACAACUAAAUCAAUACCCUCAACAUCAUCUGUGACUUCAUCGUAUCGUGAGGCAUACAGAGAUUAUUCUUUGAAUAAACCAACGGAUUUUACUGCGGCAAGAGAAGCUUUAAAUCGUGCAAAAUUAAAGGUCGAAGAAAUGCUGGAACUUGUCAGCAACAAUGAUGUUGGUGAAACACCAUUCGAUAGUGGUGUAAUUGGUGAAAUUGGUGUAAUUGGUGAAAUUGGUGUAAUUGGUGAAAUUGGUGUAAUUGGUGAAAUUGGUGUAAUGGUGAAUUAG